GUUAAGCUUAGCGCUGACAAAAAAUUUUUGAGAUAGUGAUUUACACAAACUCGAUCGGACAGCAUUUGCACUAAUUUAUAUUGAAAAGUGUUUACCAAUAACAGUGUUUACAAAUAACAAUGCCUCAUGAAAGUACUAAAACUAGGAGUGCCAUUCAAGUAUACUGUUUAAUACCUUUCAUUUGAAUAGUCACACACUAGGGUAUUAUUUACAGGCUGAAAAGUUAGGAUCACUUCGUAUACAUAUGGCAAAAUUGCCUCACAUGAAAGUUCUGCUCAGUAGCUUUCAUAUGUAUGUGUAUAUGUACAGUCUGUCAGAUAUAAUCAAUCGAUAAAAAACGAUGUCGGAAAACAAUCUAUGCCUUAAAUAUCAAUCGACAAUCUGGUAAUAAACUAAACUGUCUACGAUCUGAUUAGUUUAACUUGUAAAAAGAAAAUGAAAAUCAUCGUUCAAUAAUCUAUAUCAUUCGAUGGAUCAAUCAUGAUCAAUUUCUUAUUUUCUAUCGGCAAUUGAUAGCAAUGCAUCACACAAAUUAGAUAUCAGUCCAAGAUUGCAAUUGAUAUAUUUUGGUACUGAUUGUUAUUGAUUGCCACUUUGUUGAUUGACCAGACCUGGGAAUUGCACACACCACCAUUUAAGACAAAGGUCUUGGAAGUCACUUCACCAUUCCUCCAUAAGCAUGAGUGGAGGAUUAGCACCAAGCAAGUCUACAGUAUAUGUGGGAAAUUUACCUUAUUCUCUCACAAAUAAUGAUUUACACAAGAUAUUUGAGAAGUAUGGAAAAGUUGUGAAGGUGACAAUUCUUAGAGACAAGGAGACUAGAGAGAGUAAAGGAGUGGCAUUUGUGUUGUUCUUAGAUCGGCAGAUGGCACAGAAAGCAGUUGCAGCAGUCAACAAGAAACAGAUGUUUGGCCGUACUAUAAAAUGUACCAUCGCAAAUGACAAUGGCCGCGCCACGGAGUUCAUCAGGAGAAAAAACUAUCCGGAUAAAUCACAUUGUUACGAAUGUGGGGAAUAUGGCCACUUGAGUUAUCAGUGCCCAAAGAAUAUGCUUGGAGAGAGAGAACCUCCUCCAAAGAAACAGAGGAAGAGGAAGAAACAAGACGAACGAUAUGACGGAGACGAACAAGAUGAAGACGAAGAAGAAGAUGGCGGUGAAGAUCCGUACGAGUUCAGCCUGAGUGCUGUCAUCGAUGAAUGCGCUCGAAUGGCUUCCAAAGACGAUCCAACCAAUCCUGGUACGUCCUCAAGUGGAGGCAGCCAAUCAAAAAAAAAAAUUAUACAGAGUUCGUAUUUUAGUGACGAAGAGGACGAAGAUUAGAAACGGGCGCUUGCCCCAACUCCUUACCGACCACGACUUAGGAGAGAAAAUGUGUGCGAUCUGGGUACCAUAAUACCAUUCGCCUACCUGUUCGUGUACUUCAGUGUCUUAAAUGUGAACUGCCCCGCUUCAUUGACGCAAAAUAAAGUUGUCCCUUCCAUCAGGGGAAGAUCAAAUAUAACGAAGGAAGGACAGCUAGUAAUGUCUUGUGGGAAGCACGGACGCAAUGUUUCAGCCGAUUUAGAACAGGCCGUAGACCCAGGUUUUCAAAACAUGAUCCUUCCGACAUGAUUCUCCCGUAAUUAGCUCUACGUUUUACUUUUCACUUUUCAAAAUCAAAUCCUCGGAUGGGCGAAUUGCGUUUUGAAAAAACUGGUCAACACACUGAACUGAAAUAGUUUAAAACUAAGAACUUUAAAAUAUGUAUUUCAUAUACCACAAGAGGUACAUCAUGCUCACAAGGAUUCAAUGAAGUUUUCCGUGACCCAUUACAUGAAGUAGAAGAGCAACACUGUUAAUCGAUGUUUAUUUGUGAGAAAGCAUGAAAGUCAGAAAAUUAAAUACAGGAGGGCAUUUCAAUGUUGUUAAUGACCAAGAUCUCAAUUGCUCACAAAGAGAAGAAAUCAAAUAAAUUUCUCAAAAUUUUUUUUUUUCAUAAUGAAGUUAUUUUAUCAUGUUUGCAUCUACUUUACAAUACUUUUGCUGUUACUUUACACUAAAACAGUACAAUAAAGGCUACAUACACUACUUAGACCUAUUAACACUACUUUCAGUACAAGACAGCUUCUUUACCCUACAUACUAUAAAGAAUCGAUUUUGCACAAUUUUUAACGGAACAUUACGUACGUAACAGCAAUACAGGUGUUUUCUAAAUUGCAUAUCCUUAAUUAAUCUAUUGUAGCAAUUAAUCUAGAGAUUGUUUUAAGUACGAAUCGACAUGUAGAGAGCCCGGAACCCAAACUGUAAAAAAUAAACGCUUCUUUCCCUGGAGACAAAUAAAAACAAUUUCUCGUGGAGACUUGA